UUACAUUCUGACUGCUAAAUUCUCUGGUGGCCUCACGUCUCCCAGACUUCAUCCUUGAUAGCUGAAAAUAUUACCCUCAUAGUUGAUACAAUUCUUCUGCCUUUCUAGACUGGAGCAACUCCUCCUGGACAAUAUCUGGCCACUUAAGACUCUGAAAUGAAUGUUUACUUCUGUUCCUUCUAAGCAGCUGAGUCUCAAAGGUCUAUCAAAAUGAAGUUACUUCUUUGGGCCUGCGUCAUGUGUGUCGCUUUUGCAAAGAGGCGGCGUUAUCCCUUCAUUCAUAAGAAAUCACCCUCACCCAGUGAAGAGGAUUACUAUGGACAUCGCUACCCACUUAAUCCGUCUCUCAAUAUCCCAUACGGUUUAUGGAAUGAUAAUUUGCCACCUUUUCUUUUGCCUCCUCUUGACGCUCACCAAGGAAAUACCAUCACUAAAUUCCCUGGAAAUCCGGAGCUUGACAGAGGGCUAUCUCCAUACCCUUGGAUUCUUACUCCUUCUAAAGUUCACUAUGUGUACCAAAACCCCAAUUUUCCCUCGGAUGUUUCAAUGAGUGGUCCCGCAGCCACUGUGUCUCUUCCUCCUCCCCCACCGCCUCCUCCCAGGCCAUAUCCCUUUGUCAUACCUCCGAAGAUUUCUGUUUCACCCGUUGCAGCUGAGCCUGCCCCAGGCCCACCAGCACCUGCUGUAGGAGAGGGUCUGGUACCUGAGUUCCCUUUAGACAAAGCUAUUUCAGGCCUGCCUACUGCAGUCAAAGUUGGACCACCACCACCGGCUGAACCCAAAUCUCCCCCAGCUGAGCCUGCUCUAGGACAGUUUGGUUCACCUGAAUCUGCUCCAGCCCAGUUUGGUGUGCCUGAACCUAUUCCUGCCCAGUCUGGGGUAGCUGAGCCUGCUGCAGCCCACCCCAUGGUACCUGAACCAGCUGCACCUCAAGGUAUGGCUGUAGCCCCGGCUAUACCAGCUGAAUCCCCUGCAGGCCAGCCUGGUGAAAACAAACCUGCUUCAGGUGAGCCUGCUCUACCCCAGUCUAUGGCAAUUGAGCCUGUUUCAGGCCAGGCUGCUGAAAUCAAGCCUCCUGCAGCUGAGCCUGCUGUAGUCCAACCUCCUCCAGCUGAACCUUUGGCAAACCAGCCUCUUGUGGGAAAACUUAUUAUCACAGCUGAGCCUACUGAAGCAAAACCUGAGGUUGCUGAGCCUGUUGAGGCCAAACCUGGUAACCAAGAACCACAACCUUUUCCUUUUUACCAGGUAGAGAAGUAAGAUUUUUCUGGAGAACAGAGAGUUAUUCAUUUGUUUCU